GUGCAACACAGGAACCUGUCUACGAUUCUGGCCAUAACAGCCCUCCUUCUCCCCGAUAAAGGCUAGACCGAGCGGUCUCUGUUUGAUCUCGAGUGAAGUUCCCUAGGUUUCUAGACGGACCGUUUGAGGAUGUGCUCUGCAUCUUAUUUCCGGUAGUUGAGAGAAGCAGUUGCCAUGGUAAUUAGAGAAAGGCCAAAAUCGGUCCCGCGGCGGAGAGAGGAUCGCGGAAUCGCUAAAAGAGAAUUGGCUGCGCUUCCUUGUUUGAGAGGUGUAAUUAGAAUGGCCAGCAGUCCGGGAAGUGAUGCAGCUUUCUCCAGUCAGAAAUCUACGCUUUCAGAGAGUCCUCGAACAAGGAAAUUUCCAUUAACUGAAGAAGAGAUAUUUUAUAUGAAUUGUAGAGCUGCCUACCUAACUGUUUUCAAAAGCAGCUUAGAAAACAUUAUUUCAAAGGAUCAACUUUAUUUAGCUCUUCAGCAUGCAGGAAGAAAUCCAUCCCAAAAGACCAUUAAUAAGUACUGGACUCCUCAAACUGCCAAACUGAAUUUUGAUGAUUUUUGUAUAAUUUUAAGGAAGGAAAAACCUACUUCAAAAGCAGAACUACUAAAAUCAUUUAAGAAGUUAGAUGUAAAUGAUGUUGGCUCUAUUUUACACACUGAUCUUUAUAAAAUUCUAACAAAGAGAGGUGAGAAGAUGACUCGAGAAGAAGUAAAUGCCGUUAUAAAUUUGGCUGAUGUAAAUACUGAUGGCAAGUUUGAUUACCUCAAGUUUUGUAAAUUAUAUAUGACCACCAAUGAGCAAUGUCUCAAGACUACACUAGAAAAACUGGAAAUUGACAGUAAACUGAGGCGUCAACAGUUUGGAAGCCACAUUGAAGGGUCGCCUGAAAGGGACCCAUCACCAGUACCAAAACCAUCGCCUAGAAUCAUAAGAAAAACUGAUCAGGAAACAUUCUCAAAUAAAGGUGACGCCAGGAGUUCUCUGCUGUCAACAACUAAAAAGUUCAAAACAUCUGUUUCCUUCACAAUUACCAUGGGUGUUAAUAGUAGCCGAAACUCAAAGUUAACUGAGCCAAACUCAGUAAAGGAGUGGCAAUGCGCACAAUCAAAAGGUUGCUUCUUUUUAGAAGAAGACAGUGAAAUCAUUAGCCAUCAAUACAGGAUGCAAAUAGCUCAGAGAUCCAUGGUUUAUCUAACAAUUAAGCCAUUAAACCUGAGUCAAGUCGAAGGAAAACCAUCCCCUUGGUUAUCCGUUGAUACUGCCUUGUAUAUUCUUAAGGAGAAUGAGAGUCAAGCAAAUCUACAGCUCGUGUGUUUUACUGAACUGCGAAAUAGAGAAGUGUUUGGGUGGACUGGUGAACUAGAACCUGGAAUGUACUGGUUAAUUCCUUCCACUACUGGCUGUAAGCUGAAGAAAGAAAUAAAGCCAGUAAUAGAAGAAGCCCAACUUGUAUAUAGAGAUGAAAUGGGGGAAUUAUUUCUUACAAAGGAAUUUAGGUCAACUCUAUCAGAUAUAUUUGAAGUUAUUGAUUUAGAUGGAAAUGGUCUUCUUAGCAUUGAAGAAUAUAAUUUUUUUGAAUUGAGAACAAGUGGUGAGAAAUGUGAUGAAGAUGCUUGGACUGUCUGCAGAGAGAAUUUUGAUACAAAGAAGAAUGAACUAACAAGACAGGGAUUUAUGGAUCUAAAUCUAAUGGAAGCCAAUGAUCGAGAAGGAGAUCCUAGUGAUCUGUGGGUAACUCUACACUCGAUGGGCUACAAUAAAGCUCUAGAGUUGACAGAGGCAUGCCCAUUUGUCAUCAGUACCUACGCAGAAAAAUGCAAGCCAAGAAUUAAAGCUGUCCAUAUGGAGGCAUGCAGUGGGCAACUUGAAAAGGCCAUUUGUAAAUCUGUCCUUAAUAAAGGUGAUGCCAAAGUAAUGGAUGGCUCUGAAAAUAUAAUUGUACAUACUUACAAAUGUGACACCUGGAUAACAUCAGUUAUUGAAAACAAGUCAGAAAAUAAAGUGAUUAUUCACAUCAACAAUGAGCUAAGUAAAAACUGCAUAAACAACAGAGGACUCAACAUAUUUGCAGUAGAAGUGGCACCAAAAUCUACAAUGGUUUGUCAACAUGUAAUGCCUCUGAAUGAACGACAAGAAUGGAUAUAUAAUUGUGUGUAUUCUCUUAUAUCCUAAAUCCUAUAAUUAGGAAGUAAUUCUACUUGGGAUUAUCAAACUAAGAAGUUAUUUCAGGUUUAUUCUGUUAUUUAUUUAUCAAUUAAAUACUAAUCAACUUAACUGAUUUACUUAAAUAAUCUAAUUUAUAUGCAUUUGUGUAUUAUUUCCAUAUUAUAUACUUUAUUGUUAAAAUAUAAAUACUGUUUU